ACACCCAGAAGCCACCCCACUAACUACAUUCAUUGAUGAAAUGUGUCUUUUUAAAUCUAUUUUAGUGAUUUCAGUUAUUCAUGAAGUCCUAGGGUAACUAUGGUAAAAUCCAUGGUAUCUUGAACAUUGUGUGCAAUUCUGAUUGUUCCAUCUCAAAAAGAUGUAUUAGAAUUGGAAAAUGUUGCCCUUCUCUUGUACAAAAAUUAUUAUGGGUAUGGAACAGUUUCUGUAUGAGGAAAGAUAAAAAAGGCUGGGACUGUUCAGCUUAGAAAAGAGAUGACUAAGGCCAUGUAUACAAUUACAAGCACAGCUGUAAGAUCACUCAUGCAGUUGUGUUAUGACUACAGUCGACAUAAUAAAACCAGCUCAACAAGCAGCCUAGCUGUGUCUGCAGAAGAGUGUCUUCUGCUUGAUGUAGCACUGUGCACAAGAGCACUUAUGCCGGCAAAACUUAUGAGGCUCAGGGGGUUGUUUUUUUCACACUACUGAGUGACAAAAGUUUUGCUGACAUAAGUGCUAGUGUAGACGUUGUCUAAGGGGAGAGGAUAUGAUAGAGGUCUAUAAAAUCAUGAAUGGUGUGGAGGAAGUAAAUAAGGAAGUGUUGUUUAUCCCUUCACAUAAAGGGAAAAAUUCUGUAGUGACCUGAGGGAUGCUGGAGACAAACUUGACUUAUCUCCAACUAGAUUUUUUUUACUGGUACAUAUGAUAACUAGAGCAUUUGUGGAAGGGCACUUUCUGCACACACAAAGGUUACCGAAGGGAGAAAGGUUUAAAUUGGAGUAUAAAAAUGUUUGCUCAUUACUGGACAAUUUUACAUCCGUCCUCCCACUCUGUGCAUCCUGUUAAAACUCAAGUGACUUCCUCAGUGGUACCAGAGCAGUUUCUGAAACAAUGGAGUGUGAUCUAAGACUUGUAGCCAUCUGCUAGUGUGGAUAAAUUGCAUCCAAAUGAUGUGAGUAGAGAUCUGUUUAUGCCCUCCCUCUGUGGUGUACCUGCUACUUAGUUGUAUAGAUUGCUACAUUUUUGUUUUUGAACAUUUUUAUGGGAAGUGCUUUUAGACUUUUUUUCUGUGUAGGGGGAGGAAGAAAAUAAGAGUCUUAGUAAAGUGGAAUUUAAAGAUGUGUGUUGAGACUGAUUUAUAGAUUAUAAAAGGGUUAAGCGCAUCUUGCAAGAAAUGUGCCACCAAGGAAUUGAUUACUACUGAAAUAUUGUUGAAAUCAGCUGAAUUUUUGUUUUACGUAAUGUGCUCCAAUUCUCAGCUACUGGGACUGAGGAGUCAAUUGAUUGUAGUGAGUAGCAAUGAGUGUUAGUUCUUGUAGGACUUGAAACAGAUCAAACAUUAAAAUACUGUGCAGUAACAUAUGAGUCCUCAGAGCUGCCAACAAAGCCAAAGAAGACCAGAUUUGACAUUUCAGAUGUAUUUAAGGAGCGAGGGAAAGAAGAAUGCAAAACUGGCAUCAGUACCUGAUAUGGAAACAUCAUUAGACAUUUGGAAAGGAUGAAGAAAGUCUGAGACUUCAUCAACAAAGAACAAACCCAGAUGAUAUCUCUGAAAGGGGCACUGUCAAGAUAUGUUUGGCAGUGAAAAUGGAUUACUUAUUUGGAACAAAUAUUCUUAUAUGAGAAGAUCCCAAUUCCAAACAGUUUAAACAUUAUUCCUUCUUCAGGAACAGUAUGGCAGGCUUCAAACGAGGGUACGAUGGAAAAAUUGCUGGAUUGUAUGAUUUGGAUAAAACCUUGGGCAGAGGCCACUUUGCUGUGGUCAAACUUGCCCGGCAUGUCUUUACAGGUGAAAAAGUAGCAGUGAAAGUAAUUGACAAGACCAAACUGGACACUCUGGCCACUGGGCAUCUUUUCCAAGAAGUUAGAUGCAUGAAACUAGUGCAGCAUCCUAAUAUUGUUCGUCUGUAUGAAGUGAUUGACACCCAGACCAAACUUUACCUUAUCUUGGAGCUUGGUGAUGGAGGAGAUAUGUUUGAUUACAUCAUGAAACAUGAAGAGGGACUUAAUGAGGACCUGGCUAAGAAAUACUUUGCUCAGAUAGUUCAUGCUAUAUCUUAUUGCCAUAAACUACAUGUAGUUCACAGAGACUUGAAACCAGAAAAUGUUGUCUUCUUUGAAAAACAAGGACUUGUGAAAUUGACUGACUUUGGCUUCAGCAACAAAUUUCAGCCUGGAAAGAAGCUCACUACCAGUUGCGGAUCUCUAGCAUAUUCUGCUCCUGAAAUUCUACUUGGGGAUGAGUAUGAUGCACCAGCAGUGGAUAUAUGGAGUCUGGGUGUUAUCCUAUUCAUGUUGGUAUGUGGACAACCACCAUUCCAAGAAGCAAAUGACAGUGAAACACUGACUAUGAUCAUGGACUGCAAAUACACAGUGCCAUCGCAUGUGUCCAAAGAAUGUAAAGAUUUAAUUACACGGAUGUUGCAGAGAGACCCAAAGCGAAGAGCGUCUUUGGAAGAGAUUGAAAAUCAUCCAUGGCUCCAAGGGGUUGACCCAUCACCUGCAACAAAGUACAAUAUUCCUCUGGUUUCAUACAAAAACCUUUCUGAGGAAGAGCACAACAGUAUAAUACAACGUAUGGUCCUUGGUGAUAUAGCAGAUCGAGAUACAAUAGUAGAGGCCUUGGAAACUAACAAAUAUAAUCACAUCACUGCCACUUACUUCUUACUAGCUGAGAGGAUUCUGAGAGAGAAACAGGAGAAAGAAAUUCAAACCAGAUCUGCAAGCCCUAGCAACAUCAAAGCUCAGUUCAGGCAAUCAUGGCCAACAAAAAUCGAUGUACCCCAGGACCUGGAGGAUGACCUUACAGCUUCUCCUCUCUCCCAUGCAACUGUUCCUCAGUCUCCAGCUCGCACUGCUGAAAAUGUUCUUAAUGGUCACAGAAGUAAGGCACUUGGCGAUUCAGCAAAGAAAGAGGAUAUCCCUGAAUUAGCUGGGCCAGCACUUUCAGUGGUUCCUUCAGUGAGCUUAAAACCCACUACUAGUGGGCGGAAGUGCUUGUUUAGAGUAGAAGAAGAUGAAGAGGAAGAUGAAGAAGAUAAGAAACCCAUUUCUCUUUCAACUCAAGUUGUUUUGCGCCGCAAGCCUUCAGUUACAAAUCGUCUCACUUCCAGGAAGAGUGCACCAGUCCUCAAUCAAAUCUUUGAGGAAGGGGAGUCAGAUGAUGAGUUUGACAUGGAUGAGAACUUACCCCCAAAGCUUAGCAGGUUAAAAAUGAAUAUUGCUUCACCUAGCACAGUGCAUAAGCGCUACCACAGAAGGAAAAGCCAGGGUCGGGGGUCUAGCUGCAGUAGCUCAGAAACUAGUGAUGAUGACUCAGAAAGUAGGAGACGGCUAGAUAAAGAUAGUGGGUUUACAUACUCCUGGCAUAGACGGGAUAGUAGUGAAGGGCCACCUGGAAACCAAGGAGAUGGUGGUGGACAGAGCAAACCAAGCAAUGGAAAUGGAGGCGUAGACAAAACAAGCCCUAGUGAUAACAACAAAAGUGGGGGAAGUCCCUCCACGGGCUCUGGUGGUAGCACUAAUAACACUUCAGGUUCUACUCGUAGAUGUGCUGGAUCUGGAAACUCAAUGCAGUUAUCUUCUAGAAGUGCAGGGGACCUUGUUGAAAGCCUAAAAUUGAUGAGCCUGUGCUUAGGUUCCCAGAUUCAUGGCAGCACUAAAUACAUUAUUGAUCCUCAAAACAAUCUGUCAUUUUCCAGUGUGAAAGUGCAAGAGAAAUCAAUGUGGAAAAUGUGCAUAAGUUCUAGUGGGAGUGCAAACCCAGCUUCAUCUUUGGGCAGCAUAAAAUUCUUUUCUGACCAAAUGUCAGACACAGCAAAUGAGUUGGAACGGAUAAAGAGUAAGAACUUGAAAAAUAACGUGCUACAACUACCUCUCUGCGAAAAGACUAUAUCUGUGAAUAUUCAGCGGAACCCCAAGGAGGGACUGCUGUGUACCUCCAGUCAAACUAGUUGUUGUCAUGUCAUUUGACAAUGACCUGACUUAAUAGCUCAAUCUACUUGACAACACCAUUCUUCCUGUUCAGAACUGUGAACACCUUAUUUCAAUGAACCCCAUUUUUUGUCUUAAUAUUUUAAAGUGGGCUUUAUGAGCAGUUAUUUAUUACAUUUUAAUUUUGUGUUUGCUUGAUGGUAUGACAAUGCAUGGUCUUUGUGCAUGCUGCUAGCCAAUACAUCUUUCUUUCCCAACAUAAUAGACUAUUUUAUUGUGUAAUUUUUACAUGUAUAAUUUUACUAUGGAAGAUCUGGAUUAAAUUAAAAUGUAUAUCUGGAUCCUAGUGUAAAUGUAGCACUUGGAAAUUUCAUAUUCUGCACUUAAACUAGAGAGAGAGAAGCUUUUGUUUGCUUGUGAAAUGUUAAUUCUUGUGCUGACCUUCUGUGAUAUCUAAAAUAUGUGAUAUGUGGCAUACUUCUGUGUGUCUGAAACAGAACCAAAGCAAUAAUGUUUUGAUGCUGAAAACUCCUCAGGGAGCUUUCACAUGUUCCAAGGCUUGUACAAAGCAAAGAUGCACUGAAAAUUAGUGAUCUUAAACUAUGAUUUUAAACCCACACCUAUUUGUCUUAAGCUAUAUGGUUAAAGUUGUGGCUCAAAAUCAAACUGAAAAGAUCUUGUUUUUCUAUAGGCAAGAUUUUUUUACAAAGCAACUAGAUUUGUAAGGCAGCUUUUUCCCAUAAAAUAUGUUGAUAUUACAAGCAGACAAUCUUCUUUUUUAAUAUAACAAAGGUAAAUUAUAAAGUCUACUUCUGAGUUUUUACAUUCUAACUGAAAAUAAAUAGUUUGUAUACAUUAUCUCCGUUAUUAGUAGUCGAUCAUGACAAUUACCUUAAAUAUUUUAGCAUUUCUUAUUCUAAGUAUGACUCUUAGAUCUCAAAAUGCAAUAAAGAAUGGAAAAUGUUUAAAUAAUUGGAUGCAGAUUUAAAUUAAUCAGUAUUAUUGUCUGAUAUAAAUUUUCCUCAUCAUUAGACUUUUUGGCCUUUGUCAGGACUUAAUAUGUUGUGUUGUCUCCUGUAUUUACUAUGUUCUGUUAAUUUCCCUCAAUAAUCUUGUUUUCUAUUAAAAUCAAGUCCAAUAUUUAAAAAAACUAAAAAUUGGCACAUAAGAAAAUAUCCUUCUGCAUUCUUUAAAGCUAUUAGCUUUUCCAUUUUGUGUCCCCAUUGCCACUGAAACAAUGGCAAAUUCGUGCUUUAGAAUAUUUCUGUACAAAAGAUUACUUUUGACCAGAUGAAUUAACUUUUGUGGAAUUUUAUUAUCUAGAAUAAAAUAUAUUGCAGAUUCCUAAUUUUGGGAAGGGCAAGAAUGUUUUAUUUUUUCAUGCUGUGCACUGGGUCUUCAAAGCAAUGCUAGUAAAAAUUGGUGGUAUUAUGUAGCAGCACCGCAGCCAGACAUUGAAUGUCUGAAAGGAGUUUACACUGUUUAGCAUAUUGUAACAUUUACAAAAUGGUCAAAUACAAUGCAUUUCAUGUACACUGUAGAGUGAGUAGAGCACCAAAGAACUGCAUUACAUUUGGUCAUCAUUUCUGUAGUUCACACUGGCUUUUCUUAAUUAGUAUGAUACAUUUUAUUAGGACAGUCUACAUCGCACAGGAUACUUUUACUGCCUAGCCUAGCUAGGGAUUAUAGAUUCUGCUCCCUAAACAAAACAAGUGAUAAACAUUUUACUUUAUGGAACUUUUCAGUUUAAGCUACAGUUGCAGUUCAGUGAGUGUGAUAUUUAUAAAUUGAAAGCUACAAGAAGAGAUGUGUGGGUGAAGCCAUAGAACACAUUUGCUUGAUAUUUUUGAACAGGGAUCUUAUAAAGGGCCAGAAAUAAGAUGUGUGGUUCACAGACAGUGAGCAUAACAUCUAUAUUAAAAGUAAGAGAAAAGUUUAUAAAGGGCAUUGGCAAUAAACUAUUGCAGCUUUUUUUUCCAAGUAUUGUAAAUACUUUCCUGAUAUUAUGUACAGCCUUGGAAUGGCACCUUUUAACUAACCCCAGGUGUAUUUUGUUUCCAAUGUUUUUAUAUACAGAUGUAUAUAUGGUGCUCACUUUAGAACAGCAGUGUUGACCAUUUAUGCUGCAUAGCUGUAUUAUAGCCUUAUUAGUUGUGUAUGGUUGGUUGAACUUCUGGGUGUACAAAAGUUAGUCUGAGUGUUGUCCUUUUAUCCAUUUGUUCAUAGGUGAAUGAUUGUGCAUGUGUUGUAUGUUAUAUUAUGUUGUCAUGUAAAAGGAAGGGCGAGAAUAACCACUACAUUAAAAUAAUAUUGGACCAAACUAUUUAGAGCAAGUAAACAGUUUCUUGUACCCCUUAACCUGUCUUUAAAAGUUGCAUAUAGUUAUGGUAGUGUAUAAAUUUAAAUAUUGUGGAAAAACAAUUAGUCUUGUAUUUUUCUCUGUGUGUAUAUAUAAAUGUACCUUUAGCAACUUUAUCUGUAUUUAAGAUGUGACAAUCUUGACACAGAAUUUUAAGAGUAGCAGUAAAAAUAAAAUAGAACAGAAUUAAUUAACUUCUCACCAAGAAAGAAUGUAUGUGUUAAGAGGGUACAGAAAUAUCAGCUGAUCUUGUCGGUUGCUUCCAGCAAUGUUUGGCUUUCUUCAUUGUAUAAACAUUCAUGGUGUGAGACAGAAAUGGAAAAUCCAGUUAAUAAAAAUGACAUCUUGAUUGGUGCAUAAACUUUGUUUUCCAUG